CCUUAUUUUAACAUGUUUAACAAGUUUCAGACACAUGAACAAUGAAAGAGUUUACAGUCUGAGAGUGACGGAGGUGUACCUUGUUUAAAUGUGAUGAGAGAGUGUGUGGGUGUGUAGUAAACAGGUUUACAGGGAUAUUUAAGAGCAGAUAUCAGAGCUGUGCUGCGACGACAAUGAUGAAGAUGAUCAACAUACUCAGUGUAGCUUUUUCCAUCACUCUUCUAGUGAGAGGGUAUGAUGGACAACUGAAUGAGUGUGGCAGAACACCUCUCAACACAAGGAUAGUUGGAGGACAGAAUGCAUCAGCUGGUGACUUGACUGACUUGACUUGACUUCACAGGGGCGAUGGACAUUUUUGUGGUGGAUCACUCAUCAACAAUGAAUGGGUUCUGACUGCAGCUCACUGCUUUAAAGAUACUUCACUCAGUGGCCUAACUGUGUACCUGGGCCGACAGACACAGGAAGGAACAAAUGCAAACGAAGUGUCCAUGAGUGUCUCUCAAAUCAUAAAACAUCCAGGCUACAUUGACAACAAAAAUGACAACGACAUCGCCCUUCUGCAUCUGUCUUCACCGGUUUCAUUUACUAACUAUAUCGGACCAGUCUGUCUGGCUUCAGCAAACAGUACAUUCUUCAGCAGCACUGUAAGCUGGGUCACCGGAUGGGGAAACAUUCGGACAAACGUUUCCCUGCCCUCACCUCAAGUUCUACAGGAAGUGGAAGUUCCUGUUGUUGGAAACAGGCAGUGUAAGUGUCUUAAUGGAGUGUCGACGAUCACAGACAACAUGAUAUGCGCCGGACCACUAGAAGGAGGGAAAGACUCCUGUCAGGGUGAUUCUGGCGGUCCUUUGGUCAGCAAACAGGGCUCAGUCUGGGUCCAGUCUGGAGUUGUGAGCUUCGGCGAUGGUUGUGCUUCAGCUAACUUGCCCGGUGUGUAUGCCCGAGUGUCUAAAUACCAGAACUGGAUCAAUGAGCAGAUCACCACCAACCAGCCAGGCUUUGUUACGUUCACCUCCAAUGGUACCGACGGUGACCUGGCAAUAAGCUGUCCUGAUGUGCCUGCCAUUACGACAACCACUGCCUCCACUACAGCUACAACUACAACAACUACAACCAUCGCACAGUGUGGCAGAACACCUCUCAACACAAGGAUAGUUGGAGGACAGAAUGCAUCAGCUGGUGCUUGGCCAUGGCAGGCCAGCCUUCACAGGGGCGAUGGACAUUUUUGUGGUGGAUCACUCAUCAACAAUGAAUGGGUUCUGACUGCAGCUCACUGCUUUAAAGAUACUUCACUCAGUGGCCUAACUGUGUACCUGGGCCGACAGACACAGGAAGGAACAAAUGCAAACGAAGUGUCCAUGAGUGUCUCUCAAAUCAUAAAACAUCCAGGCUACAUUAACAACAAAAAUGACAACGACAUCGCCCUUCUGCAUCUGUCUUCACCGGUGUCAUUUACUAACUAUAUCAGACCAGUCUGUCUGGCUUCAGCAAACAGUACAUUCUUCAGCAGCACUGUAAGCUGGGUCACCGGAUGGGGAAAAAUUCGGACAAGCGUUUCCCUGCCCUCACCUCAAGUUCUACAGGAAGUGGAAGUUCCUGUUGUUGGAAACAGGCAGUGUAAGUGUCUUAAUGGAGUCUCGACGAUCACAGACAAUAUGAUAUGUGCCGGACCACUAGAAGGAGGGAAAGACUCCUGUCAGGGUGAUUCUGGCGGUCCUUUGGUCAGCAAACAGGGCUCAGUCUGGGUCCAGUCUGGAGUUGUGAGCUUCGGCGAUGGUUGUGCUUCAGCUAACUUGCCCGGUGUGUAUGCCCGAGUGUCUAAAUACCAGAACUGGAUCAAUGAGCAGAUCACCACCAACCAGCCAGGCUUUGUUACGUUUACCUCCAAUGGUACCGACGGUGACCUGGCAAUAAGCUGUCCUGAUGUGCCUGCCAUUACGACAACCACUGCCGCCACUACAGCUACAACUACAACAACUACAAACCAGUCAUUGUCAGAGUGUGGCAGAACACCUCUCAACACAAGGAUAGUUGGAGGACAGAAUGCAUCAGCUGGUGCUUGGCCAUGGCAGGCCAGCCUUCACAGGGGCGAUGGACAUUUUUGUGGUGGAUCACUCAUCAACAAUGAAUGGGUUCUGACUGCAGCUCACUGCUUUAAAGAUACUUCACUCAGUGGCCUAACUGUGUACCUGGGCCGACAGACACAGGAAGGAACAAAUGCAAACGAAGUGUCCAUGAGUGUCUCUCAAAUCAUAAAACAUCCAGGCUACAUUAGCAGCACUAAUGACAACGACAUCGCCCUUCUGCAUCUGUCUUCACCGGUUUCAUUUACUAACUAUAUCAGACCAGUCUGUCUGGCUUCAGCAAACAGUACAUUCUUCAGCAGCACUGUAAGCUGGGUCACCGGAUGGGGAAAAAUUCGGACAAACGUUUCCCUGCCCUCACCUCAAGUUCUACAGGAAGUGGAAGUGCCUGUUGUUGGAAACAGGCAGUGUAAGUGUCUUAAUGGAGUCUCGGCGAUCACAGACAACAUGAUAUGUGCCGGACCACUAGAAGGAGGGAAAGACUCCUGUCAGGGUGAUUCUGGCGGUCCUUUGGUCAGCAAACAGGGCUCAGUCUGGGUCCAGUCUGGAGUUGUGAGCUUCGGCGAUGGUUGUGCUUCAGCUAACUUGCCUGGUGUGUAUGCCCGAGUGUCUAAAUACCAGAACUGGAUCAAUGAGCAGAUCACCACCAACCAGCCAGGCUUUGUUACGUUCACCUCCAAUGGUAUCGACGGUGACCUGGCAAUAAGCUGUCCUGAUGUGCCUGCCAUUACGACAACCACUGCCACCACUACAGCUACAACUACAACAACUACAACCAUCGCACCUGUAGUGUGUGGAAGUGCCAAACUGAACACCCGUGUUGGAGGAAACAGCUCUCUCGUAUCUCCGGGUGUUUGGCCAUGGAUGGCCAGCCUGCAGUUUAACGGCAGUCACGUUUGUGGAGGAACGCUGAUUGCUGAACGGUUUGUCAUGAGCUCUGCCAGCUGCUUUACCAGAUCCACCAAUGCCUCUCACUGGACUGUGAUCCUGGGCCGUCUUAAUCAGAAUGGCUCCGACUCCACUGAGGUCUCUACACAAGUGGUGAAUAUCACACUCAGCAGUGGUACAGGUGAAAAUGUUGCAGUCUUGCAGUUGGCUGUCGCACCAAAGCUCACAAAUUUCAUUCAGCCUAUAUGUGUGGACAUGGGAGACAAUACCUUCAGCGCUAACACUCAGUGCUGGGCGGCAGGAUGGGGCUCAGGAGCAGGAGUAAGUCAGACUCUUCAGGAAUUCCAGACCUCUGUUGUGAGUUGUGGAAACUCAUCCUUAAACAACAGUAUUUGUACAAGUUCCUUGAACUUACAGGAGGGUGAUCAGGGUGGUCCGCUGAUGUGUAGCUGGGUCAGUCAUGGAUCCAUGCUGCUGUUUUGACAUUACAGAGCAGCAUACAAACUAGCAUUUCAAGCAGCAGCAGCAGCUCUAACACAAGCUCCAGCAACAGCACUCUAGCAUCCCGCUCUGCUCGCGCUCAAGAUGUCCAGGUCUUCACUAAAACCUCCAGCUUUAGCUCAUUCCUGACAUCUGUUGUGGGUUCCUUCCCUGCAAAAGCCACAAACUCCACAAGUUCAACUACAAGUGCAAGUUCAACUACAAGUGCAGCAGCAAACAAGCCACCCCAAGGUGCCUCUAGUGGGCCACAAGCAUCUUCUUCCUUCUGUUUUACCGUUUCAGUCCUCUUGCUGGCACUUACAGCUCUUAAAAUCUUUCAAGGCAUCAGCUGAGUCUUUUGAGAUGAAUGUGAAUGUGUGUGUAAUCAUGCAAUAUGAAAAUCUUUUGUGGGG